GCCGCCGCGCCGCCAGCGAGUCGGCCGGCCGCCGGUGCGGCCCCGACUCGGGCAUCGACUCUGACUCAGAGUCGCCGUCGCGGCUGGCGCGGCACACCAUGGAGCGGGAGCAGCGCACCAGCCGGCAGUGCGACCGGCAGUACCAGAUGGGCCGCGCGCCGCUGCCCUUCCUCUCUUCGUCGAACACGGGCAAGAGCCACCACAUCGGCGCCAACAUCCAGCGCGUGAUGAGCCUGGCCAAGCAGACGGGCGGCUGCACGCGCGCCGGCGCCCCGCUGCCCGAUAUCAAGGUGGGCCGCAUGCCGCAGCGGGGCCCCUUCCUGCGCUUCCGUCGCCGCAAGCCAUUCAAGUACUACGACAAACUGGAGAUUGACAAGUACAAGAUCGAGGUGGACCCGCGCAGCUGCGGGCCGGACAACACGGCCGACUUCGCGCGGUACGAGCGCGACCGCCAGGGCUGCGUGACCGACCAGACAGAGACGGUGACCCGGCGGGCGUUCCGAUCCACCGCGGCGGCCAAGUGCUACGGCGGGGACGAGGACGCACGCUCGGCGGCCUCGGCGCAGGUGCAGAAGAUGCUCUGCAACCCGGCCACGCUGCGACGCACCAAGCGGAGCCUGAAGCAGCUGCUGGAGGAGCUGGCCGAGGAGUUCGCCGGGCUCGAGUGCGUCUGCCAGCGGCUGGAGACGGACAUGGGCCGCACGGACGGCAGUGUCGACCGCUGUGAGCUCGAGGAGCAGAUCGGCCGCCUGGAGAUGAUGAUGGAGGAGCGGCGGCGUCAGGUCUGCUGCCUGCUCAAGCUCUACAAACAGAUCAAGAAGCUGUCGCGCAGCAGCGGCGGCGGCGGCCAGGACGGCUGCAGCACGCGCUGUCGGCGGCCGGCGCCGCGCGGCGGCCGCGGCCUGACCUCCCGCCCCGGCCGGCCCCUGAGGAUCAACACGCGCGUGCAGCCCAACAGCGUGCGGCCCCGCGGCGUCACCUUCUCCAUGCAGAAGAGCUUCCCGAUGCGUCCGUUCCAGCCGCGCUCGCGCACCGCCGGUCAGUGCCGGCCCAAGAAGACCGGCUCCAAGCACGCGGCGCCCAUCCACUGCGCCCAGCUGAAGGUGCUGCGGGACAUGCGCAACAUUCAGCGCCGCAUGCGCAUCGAGAUGGGCGAGGAGUACUAGCGCCGGCGGCGGGCGCUGUCUAAAUCGGCCGUCCGGUCUCGUCAGGUGUCCUGUGUCGAAAUUGGCCCGGUCAGCGGGUCGGCCCGUCCGUCCGGACCCGCGGGGCCGUGGCACUCAGCGGGGGUGACGUGAAAUUGUGCUGGUGGUGUGGAGGCCGGCGUCGAAGCGGCGUGGUUGCGAACAUUGCGAGACGAAAGCGAACUGCGAUAAGGGAGUGAAUACAAAGUAUUUUAGCA